AUCCUUCAAGAUGCAGUUUGGCUGAAUCGACGGGACAUUUUAGGGCGCACAAUGCUUCAUGAUGCAGCUGAAUUCGGACAUUCAAGUGUUAUGGAGCUUCUACUGAAAGCGCGCGUCAUUGUGGACGUGAAGGAUAGCAGAGGCGAUACCCCACUUCAUCAUGCCGCUCGUCACGGACGCUUGAAGGAGGUGAGCAUGCUUUUGAAGGAGCAUGCUACGCCGUGGAUAUUGAACGUCGAGAGGAAGUCGCCACUC